CUACAUUCCACCCGGAUUCAUCAACACUACUGGUAGUAGAUAAGCGUGAGGACUGAAAGUAUAUUGCAGUAGAGUAAGAAGUUCACUUACGCGAACCCUGUGUGGCAUGUGGAACUGAAUACAGACAAGAAGCUCUCAUAGGGUUCCACAAAUAUUGCUUUCUGAAGGGGAAACACAGUCAAAGCCAGCAGUCAUGAAUCCAGAGGUUUGCUCCAGCAGCAGCGUGCUCUUCCACAUGUUGAGCAGCGAUUUGAAUGCCUCCAUGGCCACAGCUGACGACCUCUCCCGGGAGUUUGACAGUCUGAUGAAGGAGUGCUCAUCCGACGGAGAGUCCCAGCUUGAUACUGUCCCGAGUAUCUCCAGAGAAAUUCGACAGACGUCUCCCAAAGCCAGCAGCCCGACUUCGUCCAAAAGCGAGGAGGACCCCGGGAGCCCCAGACCCCCGUCGAACGCCCCGACCCUCCUCGUCACUGACGCCAGCCCCCGUUCACAAAGUUCGCUUGCCUACGACAGUAAAUCCCUGCUGUCGCCGUUUCCUGUCUUUUCCCCCCCGUGCCAGCUCACCCCUCCCCUGUCCCGCAACGGCAGACUGUCCCCCUCCUGUGGCCUGCAGAGCCUCUCCCGCCAGGCCCCCUCCCCCCAGGCCCGAAAACGCAUCUUCCAGUACGACACCGUCCCGAGGGACCGCCCGGGCUCUCCCUUCCUGGAGCGGAGCUCCCCCCCCUGCCCCAGCCCCCUGGCCAUGGACCAAUCCUUUCACCUGAGGCCGCACCCCUCCCCAAUGUCCCCGUACCCCUCCAGCACCAUCAGGUCUCCCAGAACCGAAAGAAGAACCGCCCCUCACCUGCUCGCCAUAUCCCACUCCGGCUCCCUCCCGAGGAGUUUCGGCUCUCAAAACCAAACCGCGUCACCAACGGCAAGACGGAAAAUCCCCGCAGAGUGGAGCGAGAACGAUGUGGACAUGGCUUACGGGCGAAAACCCCAGCACCUGUACGAAAAGGCAGAGAGGCUGAGAGCCUAUGGGUCCCUGGAAUCCCCACCUCCAGGGUUCAGUAAGUUCCAGCCCCAAAGUUCCCUCCCGCGCAACAUCCGUCUGAAUCCGUUGCAUCCCGAGCGAUCCUCCUCCCCGGCCGUGCCCCUGUCGCCUUACGGCUCGCCGACCCUUUCCCGGAACUUCUGCCCCCCUCCCUCUGUGCCCCGGCCCCGCUGGCACCACCCCGUCCCUCUGUCCGUCAUCAUGCGCGCCCAAAGACCACUGGGCGUCCUGGUCACCAGGCACCCCCGUGUGAUGGAGCUGGAGGGGGACGGCUCCCCCUACCUGCAGCACGCCUUGCUGCAUCCGGGCCAGACUGCAGCUACGGAGCAGAGACAGCCAGCAAGACAAGGCCCGGAGAAGGAGGAGGGAGGUCUUGGGGCCACCCCCCGGCCCAGGAGCCCCACCAGCCUGCCCGCGCUGGCCCCUGAUGCCCCCGGGUGCCCGGAGCUGCUGCUCCUGCGCUCUGAAAUCCCCCGAGCUCUGAAGAGGAGGGGCAGCCUCACCCAGCCCCUGCCCCUGGUCCACCGCCGGCAGUACCAGCAGAUGAUCCACAAGCUGUUCAGCAGGAAGGACCUCCACCACAAGGGGGAGCCAGGGAGCGAAUCCAGCAGCUCCUCGGAGGGAGAGGAGAGCCCGAAGGCGGCUGCAGCCUCCCUUCCCAUACCUGUUCUGGUCACCUCCCAGCACAAGGGCCUGCAGUCCAUCCUGAAGAGGCCUCUGAACCGCAGGCGGUGUCGGCACCGGGCCCGGCUGAACCCGCUGGUGCUGCUGCUGGACGGGGCCUUGAUCGGGGAGCUCGACACGGUGCAGAGGGCCGUGAGAGAGAUGAGUGACCCCAGCCAGCCCAACGAGGAGGGCGUCACCGCACUGCACAAUGCCAUCUGCGGGGGGCACUACAGCAUCGUGGACUUCCUGGUGCAGAUCGGGGCCAACGUCAGCGCGCCGGACAGCCACGGCUGGACGCCCCUGCACUGUGCUGCGGCCUGUAACGACCGCUCCAUGUGCGAGUACCUGGUGCGCAGUGGAGCGGCGGUGCUGUCGGUCACCGAGGGCGACGGAGCCACGGCCGUCGAGAAGUGCGACCCUUACGCAGCGGGGUUCGAGGAGUGCACGGCCUUCCUGAGGGGCGUGGAGGAGGCCAUGGGUGUGGAGAACGGUGGGGUGCUCUAUGCCCUUUGGGAGUACCCCGCCCAGGCCCCUGAUGAACUGAGCUUCCUGGAGGGUGACACGGUGACCGUCAAGAACAAGCAAGGCGGGGCGGAGUGGUGGCGGGCGUCGCUCGGCAACAGGGAGGGGUUUGUGCCCAGCAACUAUUUUGCGCUUUUCCCUAAGGUUCGGCAGAGAUCUCUGCUGGACCAGAACCAGAAAGGACGUUGAAUUUGGCCUGAUCAGUGCCCUCUGUGAACACUUGGCUUGCCCUGCUGACUGUUACAAAUGGAGCUGUUGGGCAUAUUACCCACACUCAAGAGCACUGGAAUGCUGACCCACUAUGGUCAGAGCGAACACUUUUAUCACUGUGAAUUGAAAUAUUUUACCCCAAAUUUGUGCCUUUUCUUGAUAGGAGUUUUUGUUACACAACAUAAGUUCAAAAUCUAUGAACAAAACCAAAUUAUGUGAUGAAUACAUUUUUUUUCAAUAUAUUUUUUUUAAAGUAUCAAAAUAUGUACAUAUUCUGCACCUUAGCCAUGUGGUCAAUUUGUGGUUUACUAGUUAAUGUAUUUUUAAAACGUGUUUUACUUAUUUCCUAACAAAAAAUCCCAAAUCCAUCCAUCCAUCCAUUAUCUGAACCUGCUUAUCCUGAACAGGGUCGCAGGGGGGCUGGAGCCUAUUCCAGCAUACAUUGGGCGAAAGGGAGGAAUACAUCCUGGACGGAUCGCCAGUCCAUCGCAGGGCACACACACCAUUCACUCACACACUCAUACCUACGGGCAAUUUAGACUCUCCAAUUAGCCUAACCUGCAUGUCUUUGGACUGUGGGAGGAAACCGGAGUACCCAGAGGAAACCCAAGCAGACACGGGGAGAACAUGCAAACUCCACACAGAGGCCGACGGGGAUUCGAACCCAGGACCUCCUUUCUGUGAGGCGGCAGUGCUACCCACUGCACCAUCCGUGCCGCCAAAUCCCAAAUCAACAAGAUUAUUUAUUGCUUUGUUAUUAUUAUAAAUUAUAAAUAAGUUCACCAUGUUACUUCAAAGAAAGGAAUAGAAAACAAUAUAAAAUAAAAUGAAUUAUGAACUUGUAUGAUGUAAUUCGAUGGCCUCUGUUAUUUCGGCUUCACAUACACAUUAACAUAGGAAAAAGUGAUCUUGUGCGAAAAAGAUAUGGCUGUGCUUUAAUAUCUGGAUGUAAUAUAAUCAGCAAUCAUUUUUUCAAGAGAAUGACUGAGUGAAGCGCUUUAAGUGUGUGUGUGUGUGUGUGUGUCUGCAUCUGUGUAUGUGUCAUAAAAUAUAAAAAAGAAUUGCGCAAUGUGAAUUGUAAAAUAUUGUGGUGAAUUGUUGUACAUUUAAACGCUUUGUUCAGUGUGUGUGAAGGAGCGAGACAGAGAGAGUGAGAGAAAGAGACAGAGAUGGGGGAUAAAGGAUGACAUACUUUUUUGCACUGGUGUUCUUGAAAACAUUGAAGUGCCUUUAAGAAAGACAUCUGACUGCCAGUGAAUAUGUAACUUAUCUCUCAUUUCUUUCCUUGUUUUUUACAAUUAUAUAGAAGGAAAUUUACAAGCUUGUUGAUGCAUUUUUGUGACGUGUGCAAAUGUGAAUAAAAACAUAAUUACACAUCAA